UCAACAGGUGAAAUUUAAUAAACCCAAUGAUAUAUAUCCAUUUACAAUCAUACAUUAUUUACAUAAAACACACACAUUAUAUUUGUACAUAAUUUCAAACUUAAAUUUCCCUUCAGUCUCCACUCACAACUAUCGUAAUUUAUAUGUAAUGAAAUAAAACAAUAUUCAUCAUUUACAUACAAUAAAAAUAGGACAAAAAUCAAGUUGAUAAAUUUCAGAUAAUUAAAAAAAAGUUAUUACACGAGAAAUGGAUACUUAACUUGGAUUUCCAAAUUUACCAAGUAUGUGCACACAUAUAUGCAUACAGAAGCACCAAUUGGGAAAGAAAUGACUGGUCUUUUAAACUGAUGCAAGCAACUAAUACUGCAGGUUCUAUUUUCCCGGGUGUUGAAUAAGUCCAUCACAAUUUUAUUUUGUUUUUCAUGUUCCCAAAGAUGUCUUUUUGUGUGGAUGUUUACAUAGGACUAUUUGUUUAACUAUUUCCUAAAGGCUAAUCAAAUUUCAAAAUGAAAGUAUUCCAUGUACAUGGAAAUGAGAUGACGUCAAGUGUUUUGCAAUACAGGUAUAGGAUCCUGAAAUAAAAUAAAAGUUUGAUAGUUGAAGGACCUUAUCAAUCAUCAAUUCCAAAAUCAUCAAUUCCCAUUACACUUUUUGGUUACAAAUAUUACAGUAAUAGAUCAAAAUGAUCAGAUUUGCAAUCCAUCGCAAGCCCUUUUUGUUACAGAGCUAUGAUACAUACCAUUUUCAUUAGUGAUGAUAAUGAAGAAUUUGCCAAUUGACUCAGAGAAAUUAGAUUACACAUUACGAAAGUCUCAAACAUGAAAGCAUGACAUACAUGAUUGUACUGUAAGUGUUUAUCCUGAGUUUUGGAGUUAACUGAAUACAUGUUUGAACAUUUGCCCUACAUGCAAAAAUCAAUUGACCAUUUGAAUGAAAAUAGCAGUCUACAAUAAAGGGUAUCACCGACCAAUGGGGUAUCCAACAUUGACCCCUCCUACUCAACAGUCGGUCAAGAAAAUUGCAUGUAGUUUUCAGAUAAUCUGAUACUGUACAUUGGAGUGCAAGCUAAAGCUACAGAUGUACAUGUACAUUAGAUCCUUAGUUCCUUACCCAGAAUGCAAUAGUUCAAUGUUGAUAUCUGUACUAUCCCCAAAAGUAAUCUUUAAAACAGUAAUUUUCCACACAUUUUCGUUUUGUUUCUUUUUAACAUCAAGAUAAAUGACCAUUGUAGGCCUACUUAUAUGAAAAUUCCUAAUUCCCAAUUUCAUUUCAUUAAUGAUACAACUGUCAUUUUUAAACAAAAAAUAUUGUACACACAUGAUAAUUUUGUUACACAGAAACCAUGUAGGCCAUAUGGCCAGGCACAUUUCACUCACAAAUAGCCCAAACCAGUAGUUCUUUGGCAAUGGAAUAUCUGAAUCACGUUCUAAUCCAUCCUUUGCCCAAGCCUCAUAAAACCUUAAUUCUCUCAUAAAUCCUAAUAUUCUGUUUCAGUAAAUCAAUUAAUAAAAUCAUCAAUCCGGAAAUCCUGCCAACCUUGCCUAAUCAAUAUGAGCAUGUCAAAUUACAUAAUUCUUAAUUCUCAAUGAGUCUCAUUUGAAGCAACUUUUUGACUUCACAUAAUAAUAAUAAUGGAUAUUUAGAGGUGCUAAAAACAAAAAGUACCAUAGCGCAUACAAUGCGCGUACAACAUACUUAGAUAUACAGUGUACACUAGCUAUACUACAGUAGAAAAAAGUACCAGAUAUAUAUGGUCUGAAAACUAGCAGGAGUCAUUGAAUAAAGUGACACCAGGGCCCGGUUACACGAAAUUACCAUUAUGGUAAUUCAAUUGGAAUCCUUAAUUUUGAUUGGCUACUGAGUAGUUACCAUUGAUUGGCAAUGUUACCAUCAUAGUAACUUUUAUGCAACUGAGCCCAGAUGUACAUGUAUGAUGUACACAGAUGUCAACUAUUAAAUUCCACAAGACAUCAAACACAUUUUAUCUGUUGUUGUUGUUGUUAAUGGGAAAUUUCCUUCUGCAAAGAACAUCUGGAAAGCUCCUCCACUGAGUCCACUAGCCCCAAAAUACAUCAGAACUUGUUAAAAUUUCUUAUAUGUACAAUGAAAUUUCAAUUAAAGGCAAGACCCUUUACAUAAGUUAUUAUUGCAAACAUCUUUUUCAUGUAGAAAAAAGUAUGAACUGAUAAAAAAACCCAGUUCAUUUGUACAAAUUAACAAACACAUGAUUACUCUACGAGUUUACAUUCUGGGGCAUUUCAAUUCAAAUCUGAAUUAAACUUUCCUUUACAGUUUUUGCCUCCUCCAGUUAUCUGUGCAGAUGAUAAUUAAAAAAUUAUAAUAAAUACUUGACAGAGUAAUAAAAUAUUCUUACAAGCUUUGAGAACUGUCAUAAAAUUCAUUGAAUAUGUUGACAGCCAUCAGAUAUAAUUCUGAAAUAAAAAACAGUCAGCACAGCAGUAAAUGAAAAUGAUUUGUGUCUUGCCAAAUCAUAUAAGAAAAAAUAUCUCACUGAUGGUCCAUAAUGUUUACAUACUGUACAUGUUCUUGAGUAUCUGGACUUGCACAUAAUAUAUCCCUACGGGUACCAGGUUGUUCCCUUUCUAAAGCAUAGUAAUGAACAGGUUAAGAAAUGAGCCACAAUUCUUAUGAUCUCAUAUCUACACAUUACUUGUUGUGCUGUGCUUGUAGCUAUUAAUCUCAAGCAAGCUUUAAAGAAGUGAGGAACACUCAGGAAACUAUAUCCGCACUGCAAAGUUUUUACGUUGUGGAGCAAAGCUACAUGUACUUGUAAAAUAGAGCAUGACAAUUCAAAAACUCCAUUGUGAUUUUGAGAAAAAUGGAACACAAAAAUGCAAAUUAUGCCCUUAUUCAUUCAUUAGGCACUAGUUUGUGUGUGUUUUUUUUUUUACUAAUUAGUGAAAACCUAGAAUACACUAUGCAUACAAACUUUAAAAGAAUGAUUGAUUUUAUUUCAUAAAUUAUGAAUUUUUUCUAUUCAUGCAACAGAUGAUAAUGUCAACUACUAGUGGCUGCAUGAUGUAGCACCUGUUAAUUCAAACCUCUUGAACAUACAAGUAUUGCCCAGCCCAGUAAUGCCGACCUUAUCUAGUGAAUAUGAGUACUUUCAAGAACUUCAUUGAAAGACGGGUGGAAAUCAAUAAGCAAAAAUAUCUGAACUAUUGUACUGAAAUAGGCGGCAUUGAUAUAAAAGGCUCUGACAAGUUGUAUUCAAGUGUGACAAUGAAGAGUAUUUGCGCAAAAAAAAGUCAUGCAGUUUUUCCAUUUAUAUCUUAUAUCGAUGUGAAGAAUCUGCCAACCACGCUUCCAUCCUGAUGACGGCAAAAGUCCAGUUGAUGACAACAAUUACUUCGGAACCAUUAUUAAGCUCCUAAUUGUGAUUGAUGUUCCAGAGCAUGUUCUUGAAUUCAAUCACUUGAUGAGGGCGUCCUAUUAUUUUCGGCAAUCCAACCCUAAUACCUAGAAUUCUGACUCCUAUUUGUCCAAUCCUAGAGGAUACAGUUUACUUUGUUCCCUGAUCAUAGGUUGGUCUGCCUGCUCCCAUGGCAACGCCUACUAGGACGGCUGCAAUGGUCAGUCCCUGGGCUGCUACUCUAGCUCUCAUCAUGGUCUGAGAUCGGGCUGUAUUACCCCUCUUGAACAUCACUAAUCCAUACGUCAGAGCACCGGCAGUGGCCAAGCAACCUGGAUUAGAAGAAAGAAGAUUUGGCUGAAAUUAUCUUGAACUACAGUAUGAGCGUGAAUGACAUUACUGUGAAGCGCUUUGAAACUGCAACAAAACGGCACUAUACUCAAUGAAUGGGAUUUGAUUGUUUGUGUUAGGGUGUUGAUUAUGAGUAUACUGUCUCAAUAUUUUUUUCUUACUUAAAAAAACAUACAUUUGUAUCAUAUCAGACCUAGACAUCUAAGACAUCACAAAGAUUCAAUCGGCCCAAAAGAGAGGAAAUUUUGGCCGAUUAUGCAUAAUUCAUAGCUCAAAUAUGCGAAAGCUCCCCUACCACAGCCCUUCCUUACCAAUGGUCACUCCACUCCUCGCCAUGAAUUAAACAAGAAACAUUACCGGUACCGGUAAAACAUUUUCAAGGCUUCAAGUUGUAGUUGUACAGUCAGUGUAGUAGACUAUGUCUGUCUGGCAGGUUUUGGCGAUUUUUAUUUAUUUUACACAAUAAGACAAUAACAUCAUGCCAUGGCCUAAAUGUGGUUUUGGGGACCACUCGAUUUGUACGAGCGCUUGUACGAAGUUGUGCACAACUUUAUUUAUUGUACUAAACUUAAAGUAAAUAAAGUCUUUAGUUUGGAAAUUGUGCGGGUGACUGAAUCAGUGAAUGGUUAUUGGUGGUUCCCAAUUUCCCAAUAAUGCUGACAUUAAGUGACAUCAUGGUUUUAGACCUCCUUAAAGUGUGUGGUAGUUACAGAGACAGGUUUGUUCCAGGGCCAAUAUUUAAAGGAGACAUACGAAGAAUCAAAAGUAUUUUAUAAUUAGUUUUCGUGGUCAUUAUUGUAAAGGGGAAGUAUUUUUAAUCAUAUACAUAACUUCACUUUUCAAAAUAAUGAUUAGAGUUUGCAGAAAUCAGCUCUCAAAAAUGAUUUAUUUUCAUGCCAUAUUUCCGCCUUCGUCGGUCCUCCGGCGGGCUCCAGUUUGAGUGACGUCACACAAUGAGCGGUGAUCAGCUGAGCUGACAGCAGCAAUCUUUAUAUCCAUAUACUUUGCGUGUGGUUUGAUUUUGUCUCAAUCGGUGUCUGUAUAUUUGCAAUCAAAAUGACGGCUGUUGAUGAGGAAAUUGAAUUUUUGGAUAUGGACAUUGACAUCAGUGACGAAAGUGAUUAUAAUGACAGCGAUGACGAUGAUGAUGGGGAAGUAGGAGAGCUUGAAGGAGACGAAGAAGAAGAGGAAAGACCCGUCGUUGAUGAUGAACGAGAUCAAAUUCCGCAACCUUACCAGCACGAACCAGAGCCUGUGCAGCCGCCGGAACCGGGUGCGAUACCUCUCGGCGAUGGUGUGGGCUUUCGUGGAAACAGAGACAUUACUCGUCUCGACCCAAGGAAUACCGAUAACUGGUGUCAGUGCGGCCAUUGUGAGAUUUUACUAUCGUUCAAUGUUGGAGACUGUCUCUGCUGCAGAGAAAUUGCAGAGGUGGCAAAAGAGGGGGAAGGCGUGGAGUGCAUCACCCAAGCUCGGGAUUUUUAUCCAGCAAUACUCAACCCCGCCACAUUGUACAUUGCGUGGCAACAUUUCACGGAAAGGUGGCGAAGGCAGGCAAGAGCGUUUGGUGCUCGAAAUAAUGAGAAAUAUCGAUACGUUGCCUAUCGCCAAUUUGUUAGGUGGUGCUGGGGCAUCUUGGGCAAAGACAUCAGAGUACAGCUCCCUGCUUGUGUCCAGGCCAUCAUCAAGAAUACAUAUCCAGAUGGUAAUAACAACUAUCGAGGUACUGUGCUGAGAAGGCUAGAUAUUUGAUUGACAAACUAUAACGUUUUUGUGUUCUCACUACAUGAAUUUGCUAGACUCAUUUUCUUUGAUAAUUCCUUCACCUUGUUUUGUAUAAGUUGUGUUCUUUGUACAUUCCAGUAUUUGUAGUUCUCUUCUAGUUAUUAAUAAAUAUUUAUAACAUGUACCAGUCUCUGUCCAAAUAAGAAAUCAUGUACAGUAGGACUAUGGAAAUCUGCAUGACAAAUGAAAAAUGACUUGCAUAAUAUGGAUCUUUAUAAUUUUGAUAAAUUUUUCGUUGUACCAUGGGAACCUUUAUUAUAAUUGAUUAGCCAUGUGUUACAUGUAGUUGGCAAAACUGCCAAGUUACUCUGAGAAUAUUCUUUUUGUGUAACGACUUGUGAUUUUUCAACAUAUAGUUUCAGAACAACUCAAAUUAAGUCAUAGGACACAAUGAUGCAAGAAUCAUUCGUCAGUCUUAGAUUAGGGGGAUCUGUGCUUUCAUUUUGGGGUAUAAUGUAUGUUAACUUUUUGGAUUUUUAUAUGCAUCCUUUUUAUUGACAUUCAUAAGAAAACAAUUUUGUUUGUGAUGAGAUAGCUACAUGUAGAUAUUUGAUCAAUGUUAUGUAACAUUCUAUUUUUAUGUUUUGCAAGCUGGAUAACAUGCUCAUCCUCUAAAAUCACAUGAUAAAGGCCAGUGUGCAAGUACAACUUAUGCUCAUACAUGUAUAUGGAAAAAAGGUAGCAAAAUUGCUGAAAUCAGGAAAUCUACAUUUUCAUUAUAUUUUUAAUAAAAAAUACAUGCAGUACAGUGUAUUUUAAUAUUUUGUUUCUCCCACCUAUUAUUAAUUUCCUCAUUUCAGCUUGAUGAUGGAAGACUUACCACAGAUACUCUUGUUUCUCUUGCCAUGUAAAUUUUGUAGUUUCAUCUCAGGUAUACAAGUUGGCCAAGUGGUAUACUGUCAAUAACUUUCAACUUUUAUAAUGUAAACCAAAUAUCAUUACUAGACAUUAUCAAUCAGCAUUAUAAUUUUAUAAUUAGGUAAAGUAAGUGAUGACUUUGCCUAUUCACGGCAGCUGGUAUUGUUCUUGAGGUGUAAAGAAUUCAUGUAAUUCUAUGGAACAAUUUGGUUCUAAGUUCAAACGGAUAUCUUUACAUGUAGGGCCUACAUGUAAGUGUCUUAUAAAUACAAACAGCUUUCCAAGUCACGUCACCUGUGACUCUGAACUGUUAUUUUUUUUCCCUAAUGUUCUUUCAUGGAUAUUUCAUAAGUCUACUUCAAUAUAUAUUAAGAAGUACAUAUUAUGUUCAUAUAUUUGUAUUUAACCUUUUUACAAGUUCUUUGUUGUUGUUUUUUGCAAUAUGAUGUCAGACUUGCCGCAAAUAAUCUUGUCAUGUAGAUUUUGCGGUGUUAAAUCAGGUUUUUUCUUUUGUAACAACUAAGCCAAAUAAUAUCCAUAACUUGCCACUUUUAUCAAGCAAAAAUGUUUUUCACCAAAAGAUAUUUACAUAAAGUAUUCUGAAAUGUAUACAAGUAUUCUUUUUAUGUCAACUGGUAUUUAUUGUAAAGUGUAAAUAAGACGAUGCUAUGUAAACAUGGUGCAUUAAAUCUAUAAAUGUACAAAUAUACACAUAACAUUG